CUGGCCCCAGCGCCCUCCCCCGCCCGAGGGUCUUUUAUGCGCUGCCUGGAGCUUUGCUCCUCCGCCUUUGGAACUCCGUGCCCUCCCGUGUGCUUGUCACCCUCCUCGGCCAGCUCCUGGGCACCUGCCUGUGUCAGCAAAGAGCCAGCAAGUCUACCCAGUGCCCGGUCCCACCUGCCACCUUGAAGGGAGCCGGCGAGCGGCCUGAAGAGGCUCAGGAGGAAGUACAGGGCAGCUGUCUCCCCAGGCCAGCGUGCCUCGACUUCAGGAAGGACCCCCAGAGCGCCUUCACCGCAGGAUGAAGUGGCUUGGCCUGAUCUUGGCCACCCUGCUGCUGGCCUCGGCCAGCCCCGGGGCCCGGGGCGAGGACGGGCUGGAUUUCCCCGAAUAUGAUGGCAUCGACCGGGUCAUUGACGUCAACCUCAAGAACUACAAGGCCGUCUUGAAGAAGUUUGACAUCCUGGCUCUGCUCUACCAUGAGCCAGUGGGUGAUGACAAGGCUUCGCAGAGGCAGUUCGAGCUGGAGGAGCUGAUUCUGGAGUUAGCAGCCCAAGUCCUGGAAGGAAAAGGGAUCGGAUUUGGCCUUGUGGACUCAGAGAAAGAUGCUGCUGUGGCCAAAAAACUAGGGCUGGUGGAGGAAGACAGCGUGUAUGUGUUUAAGGAAGAUGAGGUCAUUGAAUACGAUGGGGAAUUUUCAGCUGACACCUUGGUGGAGUUUCUCCUUGACGUCCUGGAGGACCCUGUGGAGUUUAUUGAUGGAGAACAUGAGCUCGAAGCCUUUGAAAAUAUUGAGGAUGAGCCCAAACUCAUUGGAUACUUCAAGAAUGAGGACUCUGAGCAUUUCAAGGCCUUUGUAGAUGCUGCUGAAGAAUUCCAUCCCUACAUCCCUUUCUUUGCAACUUUUGACAGCAAGGUUGCAAAAAAGCUCUCUCUGAAGCUGAACGAAAUUGACUACUACGAGCCAUUUAUGGAGAAGCCAGUCACUAUCCCAGACAAGCCGAACAGCGAGGAAGAAAUUGUCCAGUUCAUGGAAGAGCACAAGAGGCCAACUCUGAGAAAGCUUCACCCAGACAGCAUGUAUGAAACUUGGGAGGACGAUAUCGAUGGCAUUCACAUUGUCGCUUUUGCAGAGGAGGACGAUCCUGAUGGCUACGAGUUCCUAGAGAUCCUGAAAGACGUUGCCCAAGACAACACAGACAACCCAGACCUCAGCAUCAUCUGGAUCGAUCCCGAGGAAUUCCCACUGCUGAUCCCGUACUGGGAGAAAACCUUCGACAUUGACUUGUCCCGGCCUCAGAUCGGUGUGGUCAACGUCACGGAUGCUGACAGUGUGUGGCUGGACAUGGACGAUGAGGAAGACCUUCCUUCUGCAGAGGAGUUGGAAGACUGGAUUGAGGAUGUGCUGGAAGGAGAAAUUAAUACUGAAGAUGACGAUGACGAUGACGACGACGAUGACGACGAUGACGAUGACUAAUGGCUGGCCCUUCCCAUUAUUCGUGCAAGGCGGGCCCUGCCUGGGAGGCUCCACCCACAUCCCAUCUUGUCCUAGAGCAUCACAUGGCUGACCACAACAGCAGCCCAUUCAGCCUGCACGAAAAUGCCAUGGGCCACCAGACCCUGGCGAGAAAAUAUUUUUAUAUUGAUCUUAUUUACGUCCAAGGCCCUCACCACAGCCUGACCAUUUCCCCCUCCAUGCAUACCCCCUCUGGGAACUUCAGUCUGCCCUUGACAAGUGCAAGGGGAGAGCUGGAUUUCUCCAAAUUUUCUCCAAAGGUCUUCUCCUUCUGCCCUCCAGUUCAAUUCACCAGAUGCUAGGUGGACUCCCUUCGUGAGAAUGCCACCUUUUCUGGGAGGGCUCCAACACCAGUUGAGUCCUUUCCAGCCUGCAGAAAGGGCUGCUGUGUUGUAGCCUCCUGUAGGUGGUGGAUUUCCCCCUAGCAUCACCAAAGGUAUGAUUAGCCCCACUUGAGGGCUAGAUGAAUUUCCCAUCAUGCACCUCAACCCUGAGUCUUGGUCCUUCCCAUCCACUCUUGUGUUUCUGCUUCGGAUCGCUUUGUGGGUUCUUAACUGGCAAGGCCGCUCUAAUC